AUGUGCUUGCAGGAACGAAACAGAGGCAAUGAAACGGUCAAUUUUGUCUACCUGACUCAUGUCAUUAAUAAGGUUACUCUGGAUAACUAUGAUGCUGUGUGUCUACUCAGGCGGGAGUGUGAUAAGCGUUUUCCUUCAAGUGGAAGCGGAACAAAUGACCAAACCAAUCCCAUUUCAAUCUUGACAGCGGACGGUCGCCUGUCCCAUAGACCGAUCAAUUCAAUGUACAUAACUCGGAUCGAAACUUUCAACAAUUUGUUAUCUACUGCAACCAUAACGGAAUUAACUUGGUGCUAUACAACACCAGCUGAAGUCACUUCCACAGGACAUACAAAUUGCGGGGAAACGACUUCUACCGACGCCCGUCAGUUCCGAAUGGGAUCAGAAUGA